CCUCUCUGUUCUCUCUCACCCCAACCCCUCUUCUUCUCCGGCGCCGCUCCUCAUUCCUGGCCCCGCCGGAGCCGUACAAUCCGCCAUGCAACGGAAAGCUCGAGGGGACGGUUUGUUCUACGGUGCCGCACGCGAUGAGGGUCCUAUCCCCACUCAGGAGUAUAUUAAGAUGGUUCUUGAAAAUGGCGAUGUUCGUGAUGACGAUGAUUUCAGGGCUAAUCCAUGGCUUUCUGGUGUGCGAACUUUGUUUCUCCAAAUGUAUUCGAAUGUUUGUGGAUUGGUGGAUUAUGGUUUUUUUUUUUUAAUGUGUUUUGUUGGUUUGAAUUAGUUAUGGUGGAUGAUAAUUGUACAAUUCCUGGAACGCCUUUGAGUUCUAUCAAGAAUGGGUUUCAUAAUGACAGAGUAGCUCGGGUUGUUGCUAUAGUCAAGUCAUGUACUCCAAAUGGUCUUGGUGGUUUGAUGGUAACUCUUAAGGAUCCUACAGGUACAAUAGGAGCUAGCAUCCACCGCAAAGUUCUUUCGGAAGGAGAGUUUGGGAAGAACAUAUCCAUUGGUACCGUUUUGAUUCUCCAAAAGGUUUUGUUUCAUUCUUUAUUUUAUUCUCAUAAUUAAUGCUUCUUUGCAUGAAUCUUAAUCACCUAUGCCGUUGUCCCAUUAUAGCCUUGGCUUGGGCUGGGCUGACCCAGGCUCAACAAGGAUAUAA